AUGACAGAUUCUGGGGAAGAACCUGUUGGAGAAUCAUCAAAUUCCCAAAAAAGAUCGAAAAGGCAUAGACAACACCACAGACAUUCUAUGGAACAAAUUCAAAGACUUGAAGCAUUCUUCAAGAAAUGUCCGCAUCCAGAUGAGGAUCAACAAAAACAAUUGGGUUGGGAAGCAGGGCUUGACCAUAAGCAGGUCAAGUUUUGGUUUCAAAACAAAAGGACUCAAACAAAGACUCAAAAUGAGAAAUCCGUUAAUAAUGCUCUUCGAAAAGAAAAUGAAAGAUUUCUUUGUGAGAAUAAAGCAAUGAAAGAGGCAAUGAAGAAUAUUAUGUGCCCAAAAUGUGAUGGACUGCCCAUUGGAAAAGAAGAAAGGGAACGCAAUUUAGAAAAUAUGAAAAUGGAAAAUCAAUGGUUGAAAGAACAGUAUGAAAAAGUAUCAAAUCUCAUCUCAAGUGUUGUUGGAAGGCCUUUUGUGAUGGAUUCAAAUUUGGCACCACCAAAACCAACUCUUGGAUCAUCUUCAAAUUCAUCUGAUGGAAGUUUGUUGAACCAAAACAUAUGUGGCUCUCCCAUUAGAUAUCCUCCUCUUCGUCAAGAAAACAAUCAUAAUAAUAAUAAUGAUGUUCAAGCACAUUCAAUAAAUAUUAAUAAUAUCCCAGUAAUGUCUCCAUCACCACAAGAACAUGAUGAAUUUCAUCAUGAUAACAGGCAGAAAACAAUUACGUUUGAGACUGUUGUUGCUUCUAUGAAUGAAAUGGUUGAACUUUUGAAAAUGAAUGAUCCAAUUUGGGUAGAUUCAUCAAGUGAUGUGAGGUCUUUAAUUCAUCGUGAGGGUUAUGAAAGACCAUUUCCAAAUCAAGUUCAACCUUACCAAACAUCAAAUGCUCGAAUUGAAUCAUCAAAGGAUUGUGGAAUUGUGUCAAUGACUGCAAUUGAGUUGAUCGAUAAUUUUCUUGAUCCAGUCAAAUGGAUGAACUUGUUUCCUACUAUAGUCACAAAAGCUAGGACUAUUAAAGUUCUUGAUUCUGGUACUUGGAGAGGCUCUAUACAAUUGAUGUAUGAAAAGUUGCAUAUUUUAUCUCCUCUAGUUGAAGCUAGAGAUUUUUUCUUCAUACGUUGUUGUAGACAACUUGAUCCAACAACAUGGAUCAUGAUGGAUGUUUCAUAUGAUAUAUUCAAUGAGAUUCAAAGCGGUGUACCUUCUUAUUCUUGGAAGUUCCCUUCUGGUUGUGCAAUUCAAGAUAUGGGCAAUGGACAAAGUAAGGUUACUUGGGUGGAGCAUGUUCAAGUAUAUGAAAAAUAUCAGGUUAAUCGUAUCUUUAGAAAUUUAUUGUGUGGUCGUGAAACAUACGGAGCUAAAAGAUGGAUUGUUACACUUCAAAGGAUGUCUGAGAGAUAUAAUUUUGCCAUUGGUGCAACAUGCCCUACUAGGCAUGAUUUCAAAGGAGUGUUUCAUGAUCCAGAAGGGCUGAAAAAUACGAUACAAGUAUCUCAAAGGAUGGUGAAGAGUUUUUUUGAAAUCCUAAGCAUGACAGACAAAUUAGAUUUUCCAACUUCAUCACAGUUAAACCGUGGAGAUAGUAUUUCAAUAAGAAAAAAUGAAGAAAUUACCCAACCAAAAGGCUUUAUUGCCAUUGCCGCUACUUCUCUAUGGCUUCCUUUUUCAUUCCAAGAUGUCUUCAAUUUUUUCAAAGACGACAAGACAAGAAGUCAGUGGGAUAUUUUGACUGGUGGAAAUAAUAUGAUUGAGUUAGAUCGAGUACUGACAGGAACUUUUCCAGGAAAUAACAUUACAAUUAUUCAGCCAUAUAAUAUGCAUAAGGAAAUGCUAAUGCUUGAAGAGACAAGCAUUGAUGAAAUGGGAGCAUUUUUAGUCUAUGCACCCAUAGAGUUACGAGCAAUCAAUUCAAUUGUCAAUGGAGGUGAUGCAACAAAAGUUCCCAUUUUGCCCUCUGGUAUCAUCAUAAGUCCCGAUGGUCGGCUCUCCUCGAAUAGGGACGACGCUGCAAAUGCACAAAAUGGUUCAAUUUUGACAGUGGCUUUUCAAAUAUUGAUUUGUGGUAAUAAUAAUCCAACCUCCAAGCAGCAACAAAUGGAGGUAGUGGCUUCUGUUCAUGGCGUUUUGAGCGCCACAAUUUUAAAAAUCAAAGCAGCAUUGGGUUGCUCUGAUUUAUGA